AGUGGCCCAGCUGCUAUCUAUAGUCCGGCUCUAUUUUCAGAUCACGCAGACAGGACGCAAUGGAACUGACACAAACCUUCAGAAUAGGCUGAUAUGGACUCGGGUCACACAUAAAUUGUAAACUUGAGACCUUGUUUUAGGAAGAGUAGAGGUAGAGGUUUGGAUUUCAGAUAUGGAAGAGCCUAAAGGCCUGGGAAUCAGCCAUGACAACAAUACAACCCUCGAUCUGGACGACAGAGAGUGCCCUGCGGGCUGGGUGAGAGUAAGGAUUGAGGAUAGCUGGUUCACUGUGGAGAGAGACUUUCUUAUGCGGCACAGCGACUAUUUCCGGGCUCUCUUUCACUCUGGGAUGAGAGAAAGCCAGCAGGACAAGCUCCAACUGAAAGGUGGAGUGAGCGCGAGGGGUUUCCUCAUUGCCCUUGCAGUCUGCAGGGGCGAGAAUCCCCCGUUAGUUCACCCGGAUGAGCUUGUAGACGCUGUAGAGUGUGCUGCUUUUCUGCAGGUUGCGCCUUUAGUCCGGCAUCUUUGUGAUAUUAUUGACUCAGAUAACUGUCUCCUGCUUUACCAAGCAGCUGCUAUGUUUGGGGUUCAUCAGCUGUUUCACAAUGCUGCUCUGUUUCUUUGUGAUGCAUUUGAUGACCUCAAAGAAGUGGCCGAAAGCACAAUCCCGGAAGAGUUGAUAGAAUACUCUCAAACCUUAUCCCCUGCUAGUUAUGUUGCAAUAGGUCACCAUACUCCUUCGAUUGAGCUGCUAAAUGACUCGUUCAGGGUUGUUUGCUUCCUUGAUGAAAAACAGGGGGAGUGGAAGCACCUAACAGACCUCCCAACUCUUUGCAGCACCUCCAGGGCUGGCGUGGCAGUGCUGGACAAUCGACUGUACAUUGUCGGGGGAGUUUACGGAUACCUUAAGGACACAGUGGACAGCAGCCACUGCUACGACCCAGAGUCAGGGAUUUGGACUACUCUUCCAGGUCCCCAGCAACCGAGAUGUGAUUUCACCAUGUUCGGACACGAGGGACACCUCUACGCCAUCGGUGGAGAGGUCCAAAAUAAAUUCAUUUCCUCAGCAGAGCGGUAUGACACCUCAAAGGGAGAGUGGACAUUCAUACAACAUGCACCGAGACCUGUGACAUCUGCAGCUUGUGCAAUUGCACGUCGGCGAAUGUUUGUCUGUUUCUGGAAACCACCGGACACUACGGACAUAUAUGAGUACGUACCGUCGGAUGACCAGUGGACGCUUACCACCACAAUGAUCAGAUCCCAGAGCUACGGCCACUGUAUGGUAUCUCACAGGGACAACUUAUACGUGAUGCGCAACGGGCCUCGCGAUGACUUCCUGCGCUGUCUCAUGGAUUGCUAUAACAUCACAACAGGCCAAUGGACGGCCAUGCCUGGCCUUUACAUCAACAGCAAGGGGUCGCUGUUCACAGCAACGAUAAGGGGGGACUCUGCGUUCACGGUGAAACACAUGCUAACUCUUGAAUACACCAUCACCUCAGACGGCUGGAAACCCCGCAGACAGAUGAAGGGAUUUGCGAAGAAUGGUUCACUGUGGGCGUGUUUACUCAGACUCCCCAAGACCGGACCGGUUACACCGCACGUGGAUGAGGAGGGACGGGAAGUAGAGAUUUCUUUCCCAGACUCAGAUGGAGGAUUUCCAGAAGCAAUGCAGCCCUUAUGAAAG